GGGACGCCUGACGUCAGUUCCUUCAGUGCGGUACAUGUAAUGGGAAAAUGGCCUCGCAAGAUAAGGACGAUGAGCAGCUGGCGCGAUCAGACAGUUUUCGUCUGGCUGUCACGCCAAGUAUCCCAGAUGAUGGCAAGACCCCGGAUGGUAAACCAAAAAUAGUAAAAAAGGCCAUGGGGGGUAAAGAAAAGGCGGGUAAGAAGGGCAAGCCCGACCUAGAUGAAUUGAAGCAGGAAGUGGACAUGGAUGAACACAAAAUAAGUCUUGAUGAAUUGUACUCCAGGCUAGGAACAAAUCCUGAAACUGGUCUCACUGCCAUGCAAGCUCGUGAAAUUUAUGAAAGGGACGGACCAAAUGCAUUAACGCCUCCAAAAAAAAUUCCAGAAUGGGUUAAAUUUUGUAAGCAGCUUUUUGGUGGGUUUGCUCUUCUGCUAUGGAUAGGUGCUUUCCUUUGUUUUAUUGCAUAUUCUAUUCAAGUAGGAACUUCUGAAGGAGGAGUUGAAGAUAAUUUAUAUUUAGGUAUUGUGUUAGCUACUGUUGUGAUAGUUACUGGAUGUUUCUCAUAUUAUCAAGAAGCCAGAAGUUCAAAAAUUAUGGAGUCUUUCAAAAAUAUGGUGCCUCAGUAUGCUACUAUCAUUCGGGAAGGUCAAAAACAUACCCUACCUGCUGAAGAAGUGGUUGUAGGGGAUCUGGUAGAAGUGAAAGGAGGGGAUCGAGUGCCAGCCGACAUUCGGGUCGUCUCUGCACAAGGUUUCAAAGUCGACAACUCAUCAUUGACUGGCGAGUCAGAACCACAAACGCGUUCCCCAGAAAUGACCAAUGAAAAUCCAUUAGAAACUAGGAACAUUGCCUUUUUUUCCACUAACUGUGUUGAAGGGACUGGUCGCGGCAUUGUAAUUAACACUGGUGAUCGCACCGUAAUGGGGCGCAUUGCCAAUCUCGCAUCUGGUUUGGAAAUGGGCGACACUCCAAUUGCAAGGGAAAUCGCCCACUUUAUUCAUAUCAUCACUAGUGUGGCUGUUUUCUUAGGUGUUACAUUCUUCUUCAUAGCUUUUAUUUUGGGUUAUUACUGGUUGGAUGCUGUUAUCUUUUUAAUUGGAAUUAUUGUUGCGAAUGUACCUGAAGGUCUCCUAGCUACUGUUACGGUAUGCUUGACCUUAACUGCCAAAAGAAUGGCUUCCAAAAAUUGCCUUGUGAAAAAUUUGGAAGCAGUAGAGACACUUGGUUCCACAUCUACAAUCUGUUCUGAUAAAACAGGCACCUUAACUCAAAACAGAAUGACAGUAGCUCAUAUGUGGUUUGAUAACCAAAUUAUUGAAGCUGACACCACAGAAGAUCAGUCAGGGUUGCAGUAUGAUAAAACUUCAUCUGGUUGGAAAGCUCUGUCACGAGUUGCUAGACUUUGUAGUAGAGCAGAAUUCAAGCCUGGUCAAGAGAAUGUUCCUAUUCUUAAGCGAGAGUGCAACGGUGAUGCAUCUGAAUCUGCUAUAUUAAAAUGUAUGGAAUUAGCUUGUUCAAAUGUUAAUUCGUAUAGGGAAAACAAUCCUAAAGUUUGUGAGAUUCCUUUUAAUUCUACUAAUAAAUAUCACGUGACAAUCCAUGAAACAGAUGAUUCUAGCAAUCCAAGCUACUUAUUGUGUAUGAAAGGAGCACCAGAACGGGUAUUAGAUCGUUGUUCUACAAUCUACAUAAACGGAAAAGAAAAAGUGCUUGAUGAUGAAAUGAAAGAAGCCUUCAAUAAUGCUUAUUUGGAAUUGGGAGGCUUAGGCGAACGUGUUAUUGGAUUCUGUGAUCACAUGUUACCCUCCGAUCAAUAUCCAUCUGGUUAUCCCUUUGAUGCUGAUGAGCAAAAUUUCCCCUUGGAUGGCCUAAGGUUCUUAGGCCUUGUGUCCAUGAUAGAUCCUCCUCGAGCUGCAGUGCCUGAUGCCGUCGCUAAGUGUCGAAGUGCCGGCAUUAAAGUUAUAAUGGUGACUGGAGAUCAUCCAAUUACUGCCAAAGCCAUUGCAAAAGCGGUCGGUAUUAUUUCUGAAGGAAACGAAACUGUCGAGGACAUUGCACAGCGCUUGAACAUAGCAAUAGAUGAUGUUAAUCCUAAUGAUGCCAAAGCUGCUGUUAUUCAUGGAUCUGAGUUACGUGAUAUGACGCAUGAACAGAUUGAUGAUAUAUUAAGAAAUCAUACUGAAAUUGUUUUUGCCAGAACUUCUCCUCAGCAAAAACUGAUUAUUGUUGAAGGUUGCCAAAGGCAAGGAGCUAUUGUUGCUGUUACUGGUGAUGGAGUGAAUGAUUCCCCAGCUUUGAAAAAAGCAGACAUUGGUGUCGCUAUGGGUAUUGCUGGAAGUGAUGUUAGUAAACAAGCUGCCGAUAUGAUCUUAUUAGAUGAUAAUUUUGCUUCUAUUGUAACUGGAGUUGAAGAAGGUCGUUUAAUUUUUGAUAACUUGAAGAAAUCAAUCGCUUAUACAUUAACUAGCAAUAUUCCUGAAAUUUCACCUUUUUUGCUAUUCAUAUUGGCCGAUAUACCUCUUCCUCUUGGUACUGUGACCAUCCUUUGCAUUGAUUUAGGAACAGAUAUGGUUCCAGCAAUCUCUCUUGCUUAUGAAACUGCCGAAAGCGACAUCAUGAAGCGUCAGCCGAGAGAUCCGAAAAAGGACAAAUUAGUAAAUGAGCGGCUAAUAUCUAUGUCCUAUGGACAGAUAGGCAUGAUGCAAGCAGCGGCCGGGUUUUUUGUAUAUUUUGUAAUUAUGAGUGAGAAUGGUUUCUGGCCAAACAGAUUACUAGGACUUCGUGAACAAUGGGAUUCUGCAGCUGUGAAUGAUUUAGUGGAUUCAUAUAAUCAAGAAUGGACCUACAGAGAUAGAAAAACAUUAGAGUACACUUGUCAUACAGCAUUUUUUGUGUCUAUUGUGAUAGUACAGUGGGCUGAUAUAAUCAUCUGCAAAACAAGGAGAAAUUCCAUUCUCCAUCAGGGAAUGAGAAAUCAUGUUUUGAAUUUUGGACUUGUGUUUGAAACUGCCCUUGCAGCAUUUCUUUGUUAUACACCAGGCAUGGACAAAGGUCUUAGGAUGUAUCCACUUAAGUUUAACUGGUGGUUUCCAGCAUUACCAUUUUCAAUACUAAUAUUUGUUUAUGAUGAAGUUAGGAGAUAUAUUCUCCGUCGAAACCCAGGUGGCUGGGUUGAACUAGAAACUUAUUAUUGACGUGCUUUUACUGUGUUAAAGGCAAUUCCACAGGUUUCUAGUUUCAAAUUUAGUUAUAACAAAAAUGGAGGAGCUAACGAACUCGGACGUGAUAUGGGUACCAAGCUCCUGGAAACCUGUAAAACUGUAAGAAUUUCUAUGAAAGUGUUAACGAGAGGACUCUUGUGAUUCGUCAUGUGUUGGGACUGUCUUGAAGGGGAAAAAUUGUAAAUUUACCUUAACUAUUUUAAAUAGUAGAAAAGAAAAUAUAAUAGGAAAACAAUUCAAUCAUAUAUGAAAUUAAUAUUUGUGAACACUUUACUACUUGUAACAUUUUAUCUGCAUUAUACCGAGUUUAUGGGUAAGCAAAAUGCUUUAAAUUUAUUAGUGAUGCUGCCAAAUUAUACUGUAGAUUCCAUUUUGUAAUUUUUUUCCCUUUUAUAGCUUUUAUUUUUUAAUUUUUUAUGCUUAUAUUAUGUAGAAUACCAUUUCAAUGCUUUGUUAUUUGAGAUGGUUUAGUAUUUUGUAUUGCAUAUAUUAAUUACUUGAAAAAUAAGUGUGCAGCUUAUAUUUGCCAAUCAUUGAAUCUGACUUUAAGAUUAUACACAUUUUCAAAUUCACUAUUCUAAUUAUCCUAAAUCUUUUUAUAUUUAUCUAUACACACUCUCUCUCUACAGCUCAAAUCAAUGAACACAUGUCAAUUGCUAACUUUGAACAAAAUCUAGCAUCAAAUCAUGUUAAAAAGCAUACUGCGUGGGCACAAGUGAAAUUAUACUAUAGCUUAUUUGGAAAUACAAUUUUUGAAAUUUUCUGAGUAUAUUUUACAUUUUAAAACGAUAAAGGAGUUUUGUAGUCAUUGUUAUCUUAGAGUCGUCAAAGUCAUUCUCACACGAAAGUAACGGAAAUUCCACGCCAAAUUCAUUUAAAUUACUUGAUGAAUAGGAAAAGUGCUGUUCAAACCAAUGGCCAUUGAGCACUGGAACCAAAUUUUUGCUUAAUUCUGUAUAUUGCCUUCAAAAUGUUAUUGCAUUUAUUUAUCUGUGGUAGAUUUGCAUUAUCACUUCAAUAGGACAUUGGGUGGUAUUGACCGCUAAAUUUGGAUGUAUCAUUUUCUUCAAGGUGGAGUAUAGACACUUUCUCUAAGUUUGUUAUUUCCAGCAUUUAAAUAUCGAGGGAAAUACCACCCUCUGCUAGGCAAUCCAUGUCAAACUAGGUAAUAUAAAAUCAGUCAGCAAGCGAGUUAGCUUCAUUAAUCCAUUCAUGUUAUCAUUGAUGUGGUGAUUUAUCUGUAUCAAUUUUUAUGGUCAUUUUUCAUGAAUCUGGGUCGAGUUGCAAUAAAAAUUUCACACGGAAAAGAAUUGUUAGUUGUUAAAUCCUAUUUUGUUACAAAUGUUUAUUUUAUCACAAUGCUAAUGCAAAUUCAAUUGGGGAGGGGCGGGAGGUAAUGUUCCCACUGCUAUAGGCUCUUCAUGCGUUGAUUUUCUCCCCCACCCCUGAAUUGGGUCACUACGGGCAUGUGAAGUAUUCCAACAUCAUUCUGUGAAUGAUUUCACCUCUUUUCAUUGAAAAGAUCUAUGCAGAGAUGUUAUGUGAUUGUCUAAUAUUCUUGUUAAAGAUAUAAAAGAGUGUAAAAUAGUGAGAGAACUAGUUAUUGAAUUCCAAAAAAUGUUGUAAUAUUUUUGUAUGUGAAUGUGAAGAAAUAUUUAGUGUAGGGUAUAUUAUAUGAAUCCAAAAAAAAAAAAAAAUUAAUGUGUGCAUGUUUAGAAUUUUCUAUUAUCUUUGUGGUAUUUCAACUUCUUUAGCAGGUCUGCUAAAUAUUUCUUUGCGUAUUUGUUGCUAAAAUUAUUAUACUCUAACUAAUUAAUGUAAAUAAAAUUUUUAAUUGUUAGCAUUUUAUGCCUGAAGCAAAAAAUAUACAGUUUAAUGAAAAUACUCAAAUAUCUUCUCUGCUGAGUACAAACAAAUCAUUAACCUGUACUGAUACACCUUAAGUGUUUUAUUUUAACUUUAACAAUUAAAUGCAUAUGUUUUCAUAAAAAAUGUAUUUGUCUUUUCUGAAAAAUCAUUUGCCCAUGAAAUAAUUACAAGCCAUUGAUUUGACCAUGACAAAAAUUUAAAAUUCAUUAAAUAUUUUUUUAAUUCUCUGUUUUUAUUUUAUGUGCUAUUUACAGCUCACUUUCAUGCACGUUCGUCUUUGCCGUUCUUAAUUUCAUUUGCUUAUUUCAAAGCUGAAAGUACUGAACUUUAGUCAUUUGCUAUUUAUUAACAUUUGCAGAACACUAUAAUGUGAAAAAAUAAAUCUUAGUUUCCUUAAACUUGAAAAAGAAAAAAAAGCGUAAUUUCAGAUUUAAUAAGUACAAUUUAUGAAUGUGUAAGAUUUUGACAAUUGGCAAAAUUUCUUGGGAGUCAUGUAAUUUUAAACACAUUGAUCCUUAAUGAAUCAAAUAGUUAAUUUCAAGUUAUUUUUUCCUUAAGAAAAAAUGUGAAACCUAAAAAUUGUUAUUUCUUGACUAAUGAAUGAUCAUGAAACUCAGAAAUUUAAUUUGAAAUUUAUAUGUACUCCUUUAGCAGUGGGAACUUAUCCUUCCGAUUAAGCUUCACUGAUAGAAGUUUUGAACUAGAUAGGCAGCCACGUUGGUCUACUUGGUUAUUCACGAAAUAUAUCACGGGCUCUGCAAUAAUGGUCUUUUGAUGUCCAAAUGUAGGUCCAAAGAUAAAAUGUGGUAGGUAGGUCAGUGAUCUAAGCUGGGAUUAUCGUCCUUAUAAAAGAGGAUGCAGAAUCGUUAUGUAAAGUUUGAUCUUAUUUUUAGUACUGAAACUGAUAUUGGUAUGUUUUCUUUGUAUAAAAGCAAUGAAACAUAAAAAGUUUGUUAUGAUUUAGCUGAUUUAUAUGGUCUGGUGUAAUUUUUGUAGGUGAAAUUCAGAUUUAUAUUAUUAUAUUAUUCCCAUAUUAUUUUUAAAAAUAUCAUAUUUGUGUUAUUUCUAAGAUCAUUUAUUUGUUUAUUUUUCUAUGUGUGUUUAAAUACUUCAAAACAAGGCCUAUAUGGACAGUAAAGUUGAAAAUGUAUUUUUAAAAAAAAUAUCAAGUUUUGUCCAAAAGUUAUAGAAUGUAUUCUUUGCUCAUAAAUACAGAGGUUGAGAGCCUUGUAUUGUUUUUCUUUGUUAAUACUUUUACAAGUUGCAUUUCUGAUGAAUUUUAAUAAAGUGUGUGCACUGAA